UCACUCGUCUCUACUUUGCCAGCCGCCGCCGCCGCCCGGCUCGUCCGCGACCUCCACCCCGCCGCCGCCCAGAUCCAACUCUGCCGUCCCCAUCCGCGCCGUCGUCCUCCGCCUCCAGCGCGCUCCUCCGCCCCCCGGUCACCUCGCCCGGCACCACCCGCCACCAGAGUCGCCCCUCCAGCCAAGGUGAUCCAAUGGCUUCAGGCAUCAUGCUCCGACGUCUUUCCAAGACACUCACCAUGAGCCCAGCAGCAGCACUGGCAUCUGGUAUGACCAGCCAGCAUCACCAGCUUCAGCAGCGCGCACCGGUCAGCGGCACGUCCAAGGGCAAGGCCAAGCUCAAAGCCGGGAUGCCUCUGAGGCGUAGCGUCAUAGCGAAGAAGGGGGGCGCGCCUGCCACUGCUGGGAGCGGCGGCGCUGGCCGUGGUCGCCGUGAAGCCAUCGAGCGUAUUACUCAGAUUGCAGAGUCAUGUCUCAAGUCCUCCACUCCUCUACGGCACCUGUCCCCCAAGGAGCGUCUCCGCGAGGCAAAGCGUGAGGAGCUUGGGCUCAUCUCCAAGGAACGGCAACGUGAGCUUGACGCUGCCAAGGCUAAAGCUAAAGCUAAAUCCAAGGGUGCCAGUGGAGGUGAUGGUGACCGCGUUCUGAUGGGUCCGCCGGGCCUUGACUAUAUCAGUCUUGGUCUGGUGGAUGAGGAGGCUAUCCCUGAGUAUGAGCUGACAGUUGAAGAUGGCCGGCGUCUUGCCAAAGAAUACAGCCGUGUGCUAAUGCGACGACACCGUGCACGUCAAACUGCAGAGUCAACGCUCUUGAGGCUCAAGAAGGAGGCCAUUGCUGCGCUCCCUGAGAAGCUGCGGGCUGCUGCUAUGGUUCCUGACAUGACCCCGUUCCCUGCAAACAGGUACAUGGCAACACUCACGCCACCGAUUGAAGGGUAUAUUGAAAAGGUGCGAGAUGCUGCCAAGAAGUAUUCAGUGAAGGAGAAACUUCGUUGAGUUCGAUUCAACAUGGGAGGAAAGACUCUUCUCCAUACAAGAUGCUGAGAGUUUAGAACGCUUUCUUAUGCUCCUUUAAUUAAUUCUUGGCCUCUGUCUAGGUUUGAUAACUACACUUUGUGCUAUUUUGGGCUGUGAUAAUCAGAUUCUGGUAAUAAGCUGUCACAAAUUUUAUUUGCAAGAUCCUGCCAUAAUAUUCUCACUGAACUGUUUACUUCA